AUGCCUGCACAAUACCCAGAAUCGCGCGUUCUUAUUAUCAUGACCGGUGGGACAAUUUGCAUGAAAUCGUCUCCGGAGGGGUUAAUUCCUGCCCGGGGCUUCUUGGAAGAGGGGAUGGCGCCCAGGCCAUCUUUCAACGAUGAUUCCAAACCUGGAUACCCCGAAAUAUGUGGGCAAAGCUCCAGCAACCCCCAGCCAGGUGGUCACGGGGUAGUUGUGUGGUGUAGUUCAUCAAGUAUAUUAUGGCUGUCCGUUCAAAACUCAUUGAGAGUAACCGAAUUUGGUAGUGCAGAGUUGUGCCUUUCAAUCCUCCUUAUUCCAGCUCAAGGCUAUGGAAUGUACAGGUAUAUUCCAGAUCCCCUUCCUGUAAUGCUUGAUGCCUCCACUAAGGCGUAUCUCCCCAGUCUCCGAACCCCACCAAGCACCUACUCACGGCAUGUCCGCUAUACACUCUACGAGUUCCCGGUUCUCCUUGAUUCAUCCUCUAUCUCAUCGGCCGGAUGGUCACAGAUCGCAGCGGCAAUCCAAAAUAAUUACUCCCUCUUUGACGGCUUCGUGAUUCUUCACGGCACCGACAGUUUAGCAUACACCAGCUCCGCUCUAUCCUUCAUGUUCUCCCACCUUGGAAAACCAAUCAUUCUCACCGGCUCUCAAGCAUCAAUCUUCGCGCUUCAAUCCGACGCCGUGGACAACCUCCUUGGUUCGCUCAUCAUAGCUGGCACAUUCAUGAUCUCGGAAGUAUGCCUCUUCUUCCAUCACAACCUCUACCGUGGCAACCGAACCACCAAAGUCUCCGCUUCGUCGUUUGGCGCUUUCGCCUCGCCGAACUGUGAACCCCUCGCCAAGGUCACCGCCAUGGGUGUUGAGGUCAACUGGCAUCUGAUCCGUCGCCCCAAGAGUAUUGAGCGAUUCGAUGUCCUCCGCAACCUGGACACCGCUCACGUAGCCUGCCUGCGGAUCUUCCCUGGCAUUAAGCCCGAAAUGAUCGACGCGGUUCUUCGAGUCCCCGGCCUCCGAGGGCUCAUCCUGGAGACCUUUGGUGCGGGUAAUGCUCCUAGCGGCGAAGAUGGCAGCCUCACAUCGAUCAUCGAAGCAGCCGUUGCACGAGGCAUUGUGAUUGUCAACGUGAGCCAGUGCCAGUCCGGCUCUGUGUCCCCGUUAUAUGCGCCUGCAACUGCACUUGGGAAGGCCGGUGUCGUGUUCGGACACGAUCUGACAACAGAGGCCGCACUAACUAAACUCUCCUUCUUGCUUGCGCUCCCAGAGAUGACGUAUGAGGAUAUAAUCUCUCAAAUGAUUUGCAGCAUCCGCGGGGAGAUGACGGAAAUGUCGACCACGCAGUUCUCGCACCCAUCCUCCGACGUCCCCCAAGUCACCGACCGCCAACAAGCAUUCACGGCCCUCGGAUAUGCUAUCGCGAACGGCGAGCUCGAGACGGUAGAUCAUAUGCUGACAGGCGACCAACUCGGCCUUCUUGAAGCAAAGGACUACGCUGACAAUACCGCCGUGCACCUUGCCGCUGUCGGCCCAAAUCCGAUGGUAUUGAGAGCGCUGUUGCAUAGAGGUGCCAGUGUGCAUACGAGGAAUCGAGCGAGUAACACCCCUUUGUUCUUAGCGAGGCAGGCUGGCAACGAGGAAGCCGUCAGGCUAUUAAUGGAGGUGGGCGCGCAUUUGCAUGUUGAAGAGAUCGAGAAGGGCAUUGGAACUGAGAAGAACGGUAAUGGGAAGAGGUUGACGAAAGACGAUGCUAUGAAGCCUUGA